AUGGAGCAAGCGGUAAGGGACUUCAAGACUCUCGGUCGGUCAAAGUCAACGCCUUCGGGUCUUGACAACAAAUGGGUUUUUGGUGUCCGACACGUCGAACUCAAUCCGCCUGGAGAUCUGGUAAUCGCCGUACACCCAGUCAGCCGGUUCGUGUUGCGAGGCGGCCCGGCUCAGAUCCUCUCGCAGCCUACCGAACGUGAUAGAGCCAGAGCGACUACAGUCAGUCCCGAGCUCGCUGCCGCUAUUGGGCCAGAGCUGGCUGCUGCAGGAAUCCCGGGUGGUCUUGAGAAGGUGACCGUUUGCUCUGCUGAGGAAAAGGAGAUCCUCGGAGAAACUUGGUCUGAGCUCAGAGACCUCCUGAUGAACUUCAUGGGUGGUAGCAGGUCCGGACAGGCGACCGCAGUUCCGUCCGCUGUGUCACCCGGGGACUCAUCCAAAUGCCAUGGCUGUGGUCUCUCCUCCGAAAACUUCUCCUCGCCGAUGAAGAAGUGUUCCGCGUGUCAGAAGGCGUGGUAUCAUUCCCAGGACUGCCAGCGCUCGCACUGGAAAAUGCACAAGCCGACCUGUGUCGCCCACCGCCCGGCUCCAGCCCCGCCCACGGCUGCGUCGCCGGGCAUGGGCCCCGCAUACAACUAUUACAACAAUGUGGCGCGAAAAUCUGAGGAGGGGCAAGCGUUGUUGCGCUCGCUUAACAUCGAUCCUAUCUCGGUUCGCCUAGGAAUGGAAUUGCCAAUGCGCCGUCUCGUCAUCGCUGGAAAAGACACGCCUGAAUACUUGCGAAUUCUCUUUGGGCCGACGUUUGCUAGCGAGAAGAAGGAAUUGGAGAGGGUUAGGCUGGAGGUCCUGAUUGACCCUCCUCGUGGCUCCCCAAUGUACGUGACACAAGACCUUGAUGACGCCGGAACCAAGCCUCCCACUCGUGCGCUUCGACCGGCGAGCGAGGCGGAACUGGAGACGUUGAAGGAAGUGCGGGAGAUCCAGGAGAAAGUCAGACAGAAGGUUGGGGUUGGACGUUCGCCUGAUACAAGAGUCAUGCAAGAAGUCCUGAUGACUCUUGGGCCCGAUUGGUCAGAGAAGUUGCAGCUGUACAUGCUUGCAGUCAAUACUAUGGACCAAGGUGUCCGCCGCUGA